CAGUUGGGAAAGUGCGCUUUUCGCCUUGUUCCUAAAACAUGCCUCAAGACUGUCAUCGCGAUUGUUAGGAGAGCUAUCAACGUCUAGGGGCUAUAAAGGAAUUUCUGAACCCUCGGCCCUUCCCAAACCCCCAGGUUCCUAAAACCCUAGUGGGGGUCUCUUGGGGCUGGGAUUCAGGCUGGCACCGCUGGGAGGACCUCGCCUAGCAUCCCUUUAUUAAUAUUUCACGAAGGCAGGCUCCUGCCUCCUCUGGAGCCUCUUUUCUCAGAAUGUUCCCAAACUCUGGCUAACUCACUCCCCUGUGAGCCAACCUAGGGCUCUGUGGCCCGGGAAGAGACGCGUCAACUCCGCGGGUCUGCGCGCAGUCCUUAGCCGCAAAGUGCUGCAAGUGACCCCCCUGACGGCCCUUUCCGACCGAAGAGCUCGGGAACCAAAGAGAAAAAAAAUAACUUUAUUUUCAAAAGAACAAGUCAUCACUGCGGCGAUACUGUGGCGGAGGACUUUGGCGAUGGGGUGGGGGCUAUUUCUCUUUCCUUUUUGGUAAACAAAUCAGAGGAAACUUCUGCCCGGCCGUGGGUUUCCAUCCCCCACCUGCCCCACCCCCUGCAAACGCCACUGAUUAACUUAAAACAAACUCGGCUCCGUGUUUGUGCGCCGUUGGGUAGCAGGAGGUAGAGCCUAGGCGAGAGCCUGGUGCGCCCACGGGUUUCGCCGAAGAGUGCCCGGGGGAGUGCGGGCAGGGUCCCGGCUGCGCAGACCUGCGGGUGCCCGCCCACCCGCGCCCCGCGCUCCCAUACUUGACCUGUGUGGAUGUGGAGUCUCCGGGAAAUACCGGAUCAGGCACUUCCUGGGGUCUCCUGGUCACUGCCCUUCCUGUGCAUAGUUUGUCAUCUUUUAGCUGCGAAGACGCCUUCGUGGGUCUGCGUCCGGAGCAAGGCGGUUACCCGAUCCCGGCAUGUCUCAAUUUAAAAUGGUGAAUUACUCCUAUGAUGAAGAUCUGGAAGAGCUUUGUCCCGUGUGUGGAGAUAAAGUGUCUGGGUACCAUUAUGGGCUCCUCACCUGUGAAAGCUGCAAGGGAUUUUUUAAGCGAACAGUCCAAAAUAAUAAAAGGUACACAUGUAUAGAAAACCAGAACUGCCAAAUUGACAAAACACAGAGAAAGCGUUGUCCUUACUGUCGUUUUCAAAAAUGUCUAAGUGUUGGAAUGAAGCUAGAAGCUGUAAGGGCCGACCGAAUGCGUGGAGGAAGGAAUAAGUUUGGGCCAAUGUACAAGAGAGACAGGGCCCUGAAGCAACAGAAAAAAGCCCUCAUCCGAGCCAAUGGACUUAAGCUAGAAGCCAUGUCUCAGGUGAUCCAAGCUAUGCCCUCUGACCUGACCAUUUCCUCUGCAAUUCAAAACAUCCACUCUGCCUCCAAAGGCCUACCUCUGAACCAUGCUGCCUUGCCUCCUACAGACUAUGACAGAAGUCCCUUUGUAACAUCCCCCAUUAGCAUGACAAUGCCCCCUCAUGGCAGCCUGCAAGGUUACCAAACAUAUGGCCACUUUCCUAGCCGGGCCAUCAAGUCUGAGUACCCAGACCCCUAUACCAGCUCACCCGAGUCCAUAAUGGGCUAUUCAUAUAUGGAUAGUUACCAGACGAGCUCUCCAGCAAGCAUCCCACAUCUGAUACUGGAACUUUUGAAGUGUGAGCCAGAUGAGCCUCAAGUCCAGGCUAAAAUCAUGGCCUAUUUGCAGCAAGAGCAGGCUAACCGAAGCAAGCACGAAAAGCUGAGCACCUUUGGGCUUAUGUGCAAAAUGGCAGAUCAAACUCUCUUCUCCAUUGUCGAGUGGGCCAGGAGUAGUAUCUUCUUCAGAGAACUUAAGGUUGAUGACCAAAUGAAGCUGCUUCAGAACUGCUGGAGUGAGCUCUUAAUCCUCGACCACAUUUACCGACAAGUGGUACAUGGAAAGGAAGGAUCCAUCUUCCUGGUUACUGGGCAACAAGUGGACUAUUCCAUAAUAGCAUCACAAGCCGGAGCCACCCUCAACAACCUCAUGAGUCAUGCACAGGAGUUAGUGGCAAAACUUCGUUCUCUCCAGUUUGAUCAACGAGAGUUCGUAUGUCUGAAAUUCUUGGUGCUCUUUAGUUUAGAUGUCAAAAACCUUGAAAACUUCCAGCUGGUAGAAGGUGUCCAGGAACAAGUCAAUGCCGCCCUGCUGGACUACACAAUGUGUAACUACCCGCAGCAGACAGAGAAAUUUGGACAGCUACUUCUUCGACUACCCGAAAUCCGGGCCAUCAGUAUGCAGGCUGAAGAAUACCUCUACUACAAGCACCUGAAUGGGGAUGUGCCCUAUAAUAACCUUCUCAUUGAAAUGUUGCAUGCCAAAAGAGCAUAAGUUACAACCCCUAGGAGCUCUGCUUUCAAAACAAAAAGAGAUUGGGGGAGUGGGGAGGGGGAAGAAGAACAGGAAGAAAAAAAGUACUCUGAACUGCUCCAAGCAACGCUAAUUAAAAACUUGCUUUAAAGAUAUUGAAUUUAAAAAGGCAUAAUAAUCAAAUACUUAAUAGCAAAUAAAUGAUGUAUCAGGGUAUUCGUAUUGCAAACUGUGAAUCAAAGGCUUCACAGCCCCAGAGGAUUCCAUGUAAAAGACAUUGUAAUGGAGUGGAUUGAACUCACAGAUGGAUACCAACACGGUCAGAAGAAAAACGGACAGAACGGUUCUUGUAUAUUUAAACUGAUCUCCGCUAUGAAGAAAUUUAGGAACUAAUCUUAUUAAUUAGGCUUAUACAGCGGGGGAUUUGAGCUUACAGGAUUCCUCCAUGGUAAAGCUGAACUGAAACAAUUCUCAAGAAUGCAUCAGCUGUACCUACAAUAGCCCCUCCCUCUUCCUUUGAAGGCCCCAGCACCUCUGCCCUGUGGUCACCGAAUCUGUACUAAGGACCUGUGUUCAGCCACACCCAGUAGUAGCUCCACCAAAUCAUGAACAGCCUAAUUUUGAGUGUCUGUGUCUUAGACCUGCAAACAGCUAAUAGGAAAUUCUAUUAAUAUGUUAGCUUGCCAUUUUAAAUAUGUUCUGAGGGUUGUUUUGUCACGUGUUCAUGAUGUUAAGAAAAUGCCGGCAGUAUCCCUCAUCUUAUAUAAGUGUUAAUUAAUAUUAAGGGAAAUGACUACAAACUUUCAAAGCAAAUGCUCCAUAGCUAAAGCAACUUAGACCUUAUUUCUGCUACUGUUGCUGAAAUGUGGCUUUGGCAUUGUUGGAGUUCAUAAAAAAUUUCUGGCAGGAAGUCUUGUUAGUAUACAUCAGUCUUUUUCAUCAUCCAAGUUUGUAGUUCAUUUAAAAAUAAAACAUUAAACACAUUUUGCUAGGAUGUCAAAUAGUCACAGUUCUAAGUAGUUGGAAACAAAAUUGACGCAUGUUAAUCUAUGCAAAGAGAAAGGAAAGGAUGAGGUGAUGUAUUGACUCAAGGUUCAUUCUUGCUGCAAUUGAACAUCCUCAAGAGUUGGGAUGGAAAUGGUGAUUUUUACAUGUGUCCUGGAAAGAUAUUAAAGUAAUUCAAAUCUUCCCCAAAGGGGAAAGGAAGAGAGUGAUACUGACCUUUCUAAGUCAUAGACCAAAGUCUGCUGUAGAACAAAUAUGGGAGGACAAAGAAUCGCAAAUUCUUCAAAUGACUAUUAUCAGUAUUAUUAACAUGCGAUGCCACAGGUAUGAAAGUCUUGCCUUAUUUCACAAUUUUAAAAGGUAGCUGUGCAGAUGUGGAUCAACAUUUGUUUAAAAUAAAGUAUUAAUACUUUAAAGUCAAAUAAGAUAUAGUGUUUACAUUCUUUAGGUCCUGAGGGGCAGGGGGAUCUGUGAUAUAACAAAAUAGCAAAAGCGGUAAUUUCCUUAAUGUUAUUUUUCUCAUUGGUAAUUAUUUUUAACAGUACUUAAUUAUUCUAUGUCGUGAGACACUAAAAUCAAAAACGGGAAUCUCAUUUAGACUUUAAUUUUUUUGAGAUUAUCGGCGGCACAAUCACUUUGUAGAAACUGUAAAAAAUAAAAGUAUCUCCUAGUCGCUUAAUUUUUUCAUAAAUGUUUCUGGCUUUUGAGUAGUGUAUUUAUAUUGUAUAUCAUACUUUCAACUGUAGACAAUUAUGAUGCUAAUUUAUUGUUUCUUGGUUUCACCUUUGUAUAAGAUAUAGCCAAGACUGAAGAAACCAAAUAUAUGUGUUUACUGUAGCAUGUCUUCAAGUUAGUGGAACUUAGUUCAGGGACACAGAAGAGUCUUAAUGAAUUAAAAUCAUUCACUUGAUUAAAUGUCUGUAAAUCUUCAUCAUUCCUACUGUAGUUUAUUUAAUAUCUAUUGUAAAUUAUGUGACUUGUAGCUUCCUCUGGUUUUCAAGUAAACUUAACAAGGUGGAGUCUUACCUGGUUUUCCUUUCCAAGCAUUGUAAAUUGUAUACCAAAGAUAUUAGUUAUUACUUCUGUGUGUACAAAGAGGAUUAUUUUAUUAUGUUUAUUAAUCACCUCUACUACUCAUCCACAUGAAGGGUACACAUUAGGUAAGCUGGGCGUUGACUCAUGCGCAGUCUCAGUCACCCGUGUUAUCUUCAUGGCUCAAAGGACAAUGCAAAAUCGCUGAUCAGAGCUCAUACCCAAAGCAUUACAGAGAACAGCAGCAUCAUUGCCCUCCCCAGCUGAAAAACAAGUUGGCUAGAAGAUACAUGGAGAGGAAUGGUGUUGUCAACAGUUAAUGAAACGGUUCUAUCAUGCAUGUGUAAUGUGGAUGGAGACAAUUAUAAGAUUUGACUAUAACUAUUUGGAGGGUCUUUAACAUUGCCAAAAAAACAAAUAUGUUGAUUUUUAUUUUAUUUUAUUUUUUAUUUUAAGAGGCAGGAUCUUGAUCUCACAUGUUGCCCAGGCUGGCCUUGAACUCCUGGGCUCAAGCAUUCCUCCCGCCUCAGCCUCCCCGGUAGCUGGGACUAGGGGUGCAUGCCAGCAUACCUGGCUACGUUGACUCUUAAAAUCUAUGUUCUCUUAUUUUAAAGAUACAGUACUCCCCACUGAAAAUUAAACCUAAAAAAUGUCACAUAUUGGUAUGUUGUUAACCUGGUAGAUUAAAUCAUGAGAAUGAUUAGAAAGACGGGCAACACAGCGGGUUACAUCCACACUGCUGAUCACACCAACGACAGGAGCUGAUAAGCAAGAAAGCAUCACAGCCAGCGUCUGUUCACCCAAGGUUGACCAGUGAAGUUUCUCUAAUGUUGAUUGUUAGCCGAUUUGUAACCUGGCAUUUACUUAGCAACUGCCUUAUCAAUUACAGGAUUUACCGGUAAAAGCAGACUCAAAUAUAAAGGUUUUGGCUUAACUUGGUUUAUUAUAGUUGCUCUAUGUUUGUAAACAGACAAUCUCUAAUGUCUGAUUAUUUGUAUCACAGAUCUGCAGCUGCCUUGGACUUGAAUCCAUGCAAUGUUUAGAGUGUAAAGUCAGUUACUUGUUGAUGUUUUCUUACUGUAUCAAUGAAAUACAUAUUGUCAUGUCAGUUCUUGCCAGGAACUUCUCAACAAAAUGGAAUUUUUUUUUCAGUAUUUCAAUAAAUAUUGAUAUGCCCAGCCUGAUAAUUUUUAAAA